AUGCAGGUACCAACACGCCUGCUAGGCUGUGGCGAUGAGAGGCUUCUUAGCUUCUACUACCGCUGCGUGCAAUUUCUUCCGCAUCCUGCGAAGCAGCAAACUGGAGGGGAGGACGCGUUUCUGUCUCUUGUCGGUGUGCAAGCGGUGCUCGAUGGCGUGAGCUGGUGGAAGACGAACAGAUCUGUGGACGCUGGGUUGUAUAGCGCCGCUCUUGCAAAAGCGAUGCAUUCUUACGUUGAGGAGGACUUGUUUGGUGAGAAUCCAGCAUCAUCGCUUGAGGUCAUGCAGCACGCAUACAACGCGUGCAUGUUGGAGGAGAUUGAGGGUACAGCAACGGCACUGGUGGCGACUCUGCAGGAACCACGCAGUGGUGAAUUGCCGUCCUUGCAGCCCGUGGAUGGCUACAAGAAUUGUAUUUUAGAUGUCUGUAGUGUGGGGGACUGCACGGCAAUGGUGCUGAGGCACGGCCGGAUUGUCUUCGUGAGCGAUGAGCAGACGCACGACCUAGAUUUCCCUUACCAGCUGGGUAAAGGGAGCAGCGACACGCCCGAGCGCGCGUUGAACUACCGUGUGCCUGUAGAGGUCGGGGACAUGCUGCUGUUGGGUAGUGACGGCGUGUUUGACAACCUGUACCCGCACCGCGUGGCGGAGCUGGUGUGGACGCCGGUGCGUGCUGUGCAUAUGAAGCAUAUGCGCGGCGCCCCGUUUGCGCCGCGCCCACGGGGAGGCGUGGAGCUUUUUGAGGACAUGAUGCACGCGAUCGCAAGCGGUUCCGAGGACGUCAUGCGUGAGGCGCGCGGCGCAGCGCGAGACAUUCGCACCGAUACGCCGUAUGCCCAUAAAGCGGUGGCCGGCGGCGCGUACUACGAGGGCGGAAAGCAGGACGACAUGACGCUGCUCGUUUCUGUCAUCGAUGACGCCAGCGACGCGAGCUUGGGCGAGCGACUGAUACGCGGCGCGGCGCUCAACCCGUACCCGUACAGGGACUGGCCGUAG